AUGCCUCAAGCACCAUCACCUAACCGUCGUGGAUCAGUUCCAAACCAACAGAGUUUCGUCCGACCCUCACAUAUGCAGCAACAGCAGUAUGGAAGUUCAAAUCUUUAUCCGGACAUUGAACAAUAUGAUUUAGCACCUACAGCCCCGUCCAGAGACAGUUUUAUCCAACAAGAGCAAAGUCACACCCUACAGUAUCAAAAUUGUACCCCCACGCCUCACUUAAGUCAAAAUGUUGCCUCAGUGCAUCAUUUGCCCGCCCCUUUUGUACGUGAACCAUCACUGCAUGGUGGCUAUGGACCGGUACAACCAGGAAGAUUCUCCUCUUCACUAAGUUCGACAAAUUUGCUGCCAAACGGAAUGAAUCCUAUUCCUUUGAGUGUCGUAGAGCUUCGAUGUCGAUGCAAGGGACUGAAAAAAUCUGACUUUUUGAGUCAGUCGGAUCCUUUUAUUGUAUUGUAUAUGCAAGAAGCUCUGAAAAAAGGCUGGCGGGAAGUUGGACGCACGGAAACAAUCAACAACACAUCGGAACCGACCUUUGCCAAAUCUUUUCAAGUAGAUUUCUUUUUUGAAGAAAUUCAGAGGUUGCGAAUUGAGGUCUAUGACCGAGACAGUGCGUCUGAACGACUAUCGGAUCAUGAUUUUCUCGGAUGCGUAGAAAUUACAAUGGGUCAAUUAAUGUCCUCGAAAGGCCAGUCUGUAGUUCUUAAGCUGUUGCAGAAAUUUGAAGGACGAGAACGCGUGCACAAUUUGUCUGGUCACGUUAUAAUUGACGCUGAAGAAGUCUCGGCAUGUGCUGAUAUAGUCAAUGUCAGGUUUGCUGCGACUAAACUAGACAACAAAGAUGGAUGGUUUGGCGCAUCCGAUCCGUUCCUAAAUAUAUAUCGGUUGCGUGAUGAGAAUGCCGAUCCAGCAGCAUUCACGUCGUGGGUUUUGGUAUGGCGUAGCGAAGUCAUCAUGAACAAUUGCAAUCCGAAAUGGCGUCUUGCGACUUUAAGCGUGCAGACCCUUUGCAAUGGAAAUAUGUCACGCUUGUUAAAGCUCGAGUGUAUGGACUGGGAGAAGAACGGAAAACAUCAAUUCAUUGGUAGCUGUACAAUAAAAGCUGCAGAAUUUGUGACAGGAGAGGUUCGCAGUAUCGAGCUUAUAAACCGCGACAGGCAAGCAAGAAAAGGAAAAAGGUACAAAAAUUCGGGUGUCUUGGUUCUUGAGAAGAUCGAAUGCUUCAAGCGGCACACGUUUGCGGAGUAUCUGCGCGGUGGUUGCGAAGUCAGCUUGAUCGUUGGCAUCGACUACACAGCUUCGAAUGGUAGCCAUUUAGACCCCGCAAGUCUGCAUUAUACCGGGGCACGUUACCAAGGUCACAUAAACGAUUACGAGGCUGCAAUAUCGGCAACCGGGGCGAUUUUGGAGCCUUACGACGCGGACAAGCGCUUUCCAGUAUACGGCUUUGGUGGACUAGUUAAUGGAGCUGUGGAUCACUGCUUCCCAUUGACAUUCGAUCCCUCACAGCCCGAAGUAGAGGGUGUUGAAGGAAUUUUGAGUGCAUACCUCAAGUCGUUCGACUUCGUCCAACUUCAUGGCCCGACCAUGUUCGCGCCACUAAUACACCAAGCUGCAGCAAUUGCAAGAACCUUUUCAGCGCCAGCAGAGCAAGGUGCUGGUGGUGAUCUCAAGUACUUUGUGCUGCUUAUUAUCACAGAUGGAGUCAUCAUGGACAUGCAGCGGACAGUUGACGAGCUAGUGCAGGCUUCGGCUCUUCCAUUGUCUAUCGUGAUUGUUGCAGUUGGCAACGCGGACUUUACCGCUAUGAAUGCUUUAGAUGCUGAUGACAAACUGUUGGUUGAUUCCAGGAGGCAAAGGGCUGUUCGAGACAUUGUUCAAUUCAUUCCUUUCAAUCAGUUUCGUCGUAACCCUGCACGACUUGCCACGGAGACGUUGGCAGAGAUUCCAAAACAAUUAUUGCAAUACUAUAAUAUGAAGGGCAUUACGCCGCGGACGCCGCUGCAGCGCCAGGGAACCAGCUACAUGGUGAGAAGCUCUAUUAGCAGUGGAAAUUUAAACGCGCUAAACGUAGAGGUGUAG